AUGCCUCCCAAGAAAGCCGUCAAAGAAGAGAAGAUCCUGCUAGGCAGGCCGGGGAACAAUUUGAAGAGCGGUAUCGUUGGUCUGGCUAAUGUCGGCAAAUCCACACUUUUCCAAGCCAUUACAAAAUGCUCGCUGGGCAACCCUGCAAACUUUCCCUAUGCCACCAUCGAUCCUGAAGAGGCACGAGUGAUCGUCCCCGACGCUCGAUAUGACUGGCUUUGCGAACACUAUAAGCCCAAAUCCCAGGUCCCAGCCAACUUGACAGUAUAUGACAUCGCUGGUCUGACCCGAGGCUCUUCUACGGGCGCUGGUCUCGGUAACGCCUUCCUGUCACAUAUCCGGGCGGUCGACGCCAUUUUCCAGGUUGUGCGGUGUUUUGAUGACGCCGAGAUUAUCCAUGUCGAGGGAGAUGUCAACCCGACGCGAGAUUUGGACAUCAUCUCCGAAGAGCUGAGACUAAAGGACAUCGAGUUUGUCGAAAAGGCCAAGGAGAACUUGGCAAAGCAGACGAGAAGAGGCGGCCAAAGUCUUGAAAUGAAGAAAUUGAAAGAGGAAGAGGCCACAGUGGACAAGAUCCUUGCCUUCUUGAAAGACGGCAAGGAAGUCCGAAAGGGCGACUGGAGUCCCAAAGAGGUCGAGGUGAUCAAUCCUCUCUUCCUACUUACUGCCAAGCCAGUCGUCUACCUGGUCAACUUGUCCGAAAAGGACUACAUCAGACAGAAGAACAAGUAUCUCCCCAAGGUCAUGGAAUGGAUCAAGACCAAUGCGACCGGCGACCCAGUCAUCCCGAUCUCCGUGUCGUUUGAAGAGCGUCUUGCCAGCCUCUCGGACGAAGAGGCAGCCGAGGAAUGCAAAACACUCAACACCAAAUCGGCCUUGCCCAAGGUCGUCGUGACCAUGCGCCAGGUCCUCAACCUUAUCAGUUUCUUCACCACCGGCACAGAUGAAGUCCGACAGUGGACCAUUCGGAAGUCAACGAAGGCUCCGCAAGCUGCAGGAGUGAUCCACACAGAUUUCGAAAAGACCUUCAUCCAGGUCAUCGUUUACAACUACGCGACUUUAAAAGAGUAUGGCGACGAGAACGCAGUGAAAGCUGCAGGAAAGGUCAUGACCAAGGGCAAGGAUUAUGUCGUCGAAGACGGUGAUAUCCUCCUGAUCAAAGCCGGUGCGGCCAAGGCUUGA